GCCCCCCCCCGCCAUGCACUGCCAAGCCGGGCUCCGGGUGCCGUCUCCCGGGCAGCAGCUGAAAGCAGCCAGGCGGCGCUACAAGACCUUUAUGAUCGACGAGAUCCUCUCCAAGGAGACGUGCGAUUACUUCGAGAAGCUCUCGCUCUACUCAGUCUGCCCUUCUCUGGUCGUGAGACCCAAAGCUUUGCACUCCUGUACCGGCUCCUCUUCUCUCCGGGCUUAUCCACUCAUCUCUGUCAUCACCAGACAGCCUUCAGCAGUCUCUCACUUCAUUCCUGCAGUGAGCACCUCUCAAGUUCUCUCACCGCUCCCACCUCCAGGAAGCACCUGUUCAGAGACCCAAGCCAACGAAACUCAUGGAAGCAGUGAAUCAGAGACAGAGCAGCCCACCCUCCCCUUGAAAAAGCCUCGCCGCAGUCGGACCAUCUUCACAGAGUUGCAGCUCAUGGGACUUGAGAAGAAAUUCCAAAAGCAGAAAUAUCUAUCCACACCAGACAGGCUGGAUCUUGCCCAGUCACUGGGCCUAACUCAACUCCAAGUGAAAACUUGGUAUCAAAAUCGCCGGAUGAAAUGGAAAAAAAUGGUCCUGAAAGGAGGACAGGAAGCACCCACAAAGCCCAAAGGCCGCCCAAAGAAAAAUUCCAUUCCCACCUCAGAGGAAAUUGAAGCAGAAGAAAAGAUGAACAGCCAAACGCAGCCAGAGAUCUUGAAGGAAAGCCAAGCAGCUGAAGACUGCAGGUUGACCAAAGAGCAGUUGGGUCCCUCUUCAGAAACCGAUGGAUCUCCUAAACACAUAGCAGAGGCAUCUCCAGAGCUGACAACCUCAAGUUAAAAGCUACCUAAGCCCCUGAGUGGACAAUGCAUAAACUGGGUUUCCCUGCACUUUGUGCCUUAAGAAAUCAACUGGUGUGGUAGGUGACGGUGAGAUGAGGACACUCAAUGUAAACAAGGAUGAUUUCUUUCCUCCCAGUGUCAUGUGUACACCUUCCCCACAGAUAUUCUGGAGUCCAAGCUCUUCUCCAAAUAAAACUGCAUGCUUAGAGAUUGGAGCUUCCAAACACACAAGCAACUCAACUCCUCAUAAUUCUGUGAGAAGAAGCUUUUUAGGGACUUCAGCAUGCUGAAGAUACUGGUUCUUUAUCUUGCCAUAAUUGUUGUUGUUGUUGUUGUUGUUAUUCAGAAUGCUUUAAAAUGGAUUCUAAGCAGCAAAUACCAAAGACAGAGAGAACAGGAUUCCCACAGCUGUUUUUUGUAAAAGUGCCAAUGCAAAGCAUUUUUCAUGGGUUGUUCAAAAUAUGGGGAUGUCAGUGGUCUACUAUUACACUGACCAGAGAGUUGUCUUGGUGCCAGUCAAGAUAAAUACGAGUGUUGCUUUUGGAAUUGUGAGUCUCUGAUGAGCUAAUUUCCCAAAAGAUCAUUUAAGCCACCAGGAAGGGGAGCAGAAACAACAGUCUGAGGAAGAGCUGCCCCAGCAGAAAAUAUAUUGAUUUGAUCCACAAUGAUCAGGGGCUGCUUUUAGACACUCAGUAGGCUGAAGUUGCAAUCCAGAACUCUGGCUGAUAUGCAUAGCUCCAACCUGGCUCCUCUUUGCCCCCAUCAUAUUGUUAGUACAAUUAUAUUGUACUGUAUGGAACAGGUAUGUUUUGACAGAAACCAGCAUCAGAGGUUGGAAUUUUGAGGUGGAUGUCAAGGUCCUCAGGUCUCUGGGGAUGGGAAGUGACAAAUCUGAAUGACACUGCUGGCCCAACUUUACUAUCUACCCAGUUUGCUUUUCUGACUAGAAAAGCAGUGACAAGAGGGAGGUGAUCAAAUAGCAUUCUCCAAUCCCCUUGUACUUUCUACCUAGACUGUGGCCCAGAUAUGACUCAGUAGAAGAGAGCUAGUGUGUAGGUAUUGGAGACUGGUAAGGGAUCCACUUGGGUAUAAAUAUGCCCUGAAAAGAUCUUGCACUAGAGUCUCCUGCAACUGGAAGUGAUCGCUGCCAGGCUGCACACAUUUCUCCUAGAGAAUCCUUGAGCCAAUGUGUACAGCUGAAUGCCAAUGCAUGCAAUUUAAUGGCAUCUUUCAGCAGAGAGAACAUUGUUGGACCUCUAUAGCAAGUCCGCCCUUUGAUCGUCUGUAAUAUUACCCUGGAAAUGAUACAGAAGUUAAUAGGAGAGCAAGUUGGGCUCCAAACAAAGCAUGAGGGUCGCUCUGUGAGUGAAAUGGGUGGUGACAAAAUUCAAAAUAUAAAUUAAUAAAUAAACACAUCAGCAUACAGUAGUUCCUCAAGGGUAUCUGGGCAAUGAGCAGUUAAGAAUUUAAGCUGCUCUCAUCAAAAGCCAGCUUACCCUUUAUAUUUUCACCUCUGGCCAGUUUAUCUUAAGGAUGGGCAACUAGGAUUUUUCUCCAGCCUCUGUUGCCCUCUCCUUUUUCCUUUGUAAGUUUCUUCCAUUUCUGAAUGAAAUUGCAAUUUUAAACAGUGCCUCGAAGUGUGCAUUGAAAUGGUAUUUGAAAGCUUGUUUUUAAAAAUAUUAUUUUCUCUUACACACAGUUUGUAUUUUUAAAUGUUUGUUCCCCCAAAGCCAGGGCUUAAAAAUAUUUGUGAUGCCUUUGUGCCAAGAACUAUAUUAAAGUGUCUGGGGAGGGUAGAAGCUUGGGAGUAACUGAAUUCUUACCUAUGUGCAAAUGGACAAAACAAAUAUCAGGUUAGUCCCUUGGAUCUGAAUUUUUCAGUGUAGUUCUUACUGGAAACAACCCAAACCCACAAGCCUAUCUAAUCUUUCUUUGCAUGAGAAGGAGGCAGUAAUUGCUCACAUGUUAGAAAAUGUCAUCACUUAUUCAAUUAACUAUACCCUUCUAAGUAAUGAGCUCCAGCGAAGAGUUAUGCUAGCAAUACAAGUGAUGUAAUCCAGUUUUUAAAGAAAAACACCUGUGAACCAGAAACACCUGUGUCUUGGGUGUGUCAUAAAAGUCAAGAUGGCACCCAUGACUGUCUGAUCAAAACCCUACCCCUAUUUUACAUGUGUUGCACAUCUGACACACAUAAGGAAAGGGCAGGGUUUUGAUCAUGUCAUUGGGGCUGCCAUCUUGAUCUUCUUGAGCCUUCGGUGGAUCACCUGGAGCCAACAUUCAGACCAGAACAAUAUAGAUUAGCUCAAGUCCUAAAUUCCAGAUCAGCUUAGGGAGAGCUUUUGUGCCCAUUUCUUUCCAUCAACUUUGGAAGGUUCCAUUCAUUAUUACUGCUGUUUCCUACCUUGGAACCCUUUCUCCUGUUUUGCAAUGCACUUCAGGGGAGGAGCACUGAACUAUCCUUGGCAUCUGCAGGAAAAUAAGUCAUGAACCUGAGCAGAAAACUUUGUAGGAGAGGGAUGGCAUUUUAUUUUCCAGUCCUGUGUGCCAAAGUUUCGAUAACCAUCUUGUUUCCUACAGUCUUGUUAAAGGGUGCAUUUUUUUUUGCCCAGAUGCUGCAAAGAACUGUAUCAAGAUAACCUUUAUUUUUUAAUUAAAAAAUAAAAUAUAUAA